ACGAGAUGAUCUUGUUUUUCGUACUAGUACUGUACGUUGCGGCGAAGCCUCCAUGUCCCGAAGGAACUUAUUACGACCCGUUGACACGAAAUUGCGAUCCGUGUAGGGACAUUUGUUACCUUGCUAAAAUUCAAGGGACAGCUAAAAAGUGCCAGCAGCUCUGUCCAAGUUACUCCAUGCCGACACCAACAACACGAGCCGAAACUGAUGAACCUGUGGACAACAACUUGAAAACAACCCUGCUGGCUGUAAUUGUGCCCCUUGUGGUCAUAGUUGCAGUUGUAGGUCUUCUCAUUCACUACAGAAGGAAGAUAGCACAAAUAAUGUGCAGCUGGAGACAAACCCUACACGAGGUCAUAGGUCAUGAUCGGAGAGACGCUGGGCCCGGGGUUAUAGCUCACGACCAUCAACCACAUAACCUGGAACCAGGAGAAGAUGAACAAAAGUCUGAAACAGAAGAGUCAAAAAUGGAUGUUCAUCAACAAUCGAAAAUAGAAGAUGAAAAGUCAACAGUGGAAAGUGAAAAGUUAAAGUCAGACAGUCAACAGUUAAAAAUGGAAAAUGAAAAUUCAAAGAUUGCAGAUGAAAAGUCAAGUGUGGAUGACGAACAGACAAAGAUGGAGGACGAACCUUCAAAGAUGGAAAAUGAAAAAGAUUCUGGAGUAUCAAGUGCAUCUGAAAAUAACAUUGAUGGCCACUCAUGUUCGUUAUCAUCGACAGAGAAAUGCCCUGAUCCUGGCGGUUCCACUGUCGUCUCGGAAUCAGGGAAUAUAGUUACACAGGAAACUGAUCGGAGUUCAGAAGAAUGCAUAGACUUCAAAAUUAUUUAUAAUAAACAGAAAUUUGACGUCAACUUUCCACUGGACAAGACAGCAUCUCAACUCAAAGUACAUGUCCAAAGUCUUACAGGUGUGCCUCCAGCUAUGCAGAAAUUAAUGUUUAAAGGUUUGGUUAAAGAUCACCAGACAUUACGGGAACUGAAGGUCACCAAAGGUGCUAAGGUGAUGGUCGUGGGUUCCACAUUAACCGACGUGUUGUCCGUGAGUGCUCCAUCCAAACAGGAACUUCAGGAAGAGGCCAAGUUGUCCGAACCGGCCAAGGAGAUGUUGUGUAAACAGAAGCAACAUAAGAAGGUUUUAGAAAAAUAUGGGAAGCCCGAUGACUUGAUGCCUGGUAAGAAAGCCAAGGAACCCCUCCCAUCAUUCCCCAUCCAUGGCAUGUACAACAAGGCUGGAGGAAAAGUGCGACUCACUUUUAAACUGGAAUUAGAUCAGUUGUGGAUAGGAACCAAAGACAGAACAGAUAAAUUACCGAUGAAUUCCAUUAAGACAGUUGUGAGUGAACCUCUAGACGGCCAUGAAGAGCAUCAUAUACUGGGUAUCCAGUUAGGACCAACAGAAGCUUCCCGAUAUUGGGUGUACUGGGUUCCAGCUCAAUAUGUUGAUGCCAUCAAGGAUGCAGUUCUUGGGAAAUGGCAGUAUUUUUAGAGUCCCAGACCUCUGACAUAAUGGCGGGAUAUGAAUUCACUAAGUCUAUGUUCCAAGAGGCCAGCUUUUGCUUGCAAAGCAGUUUGUUUAUUUGACAUCAUACGGACAUUUUCAAGGUUAUAUUUUUGCUUAGACAAAUACUUGGAAAUAAACUAUAUGUAUAUUGA